AUUCAUCAGGAUAUAAACAUACUCACGAACAAACUUUUGACACACAGAGACACACAUUUCUGAGGAAAAAGAUCACAAACUAAGGAUUUUAUCUCCAUUGCGUGUCAGAGGAGUCAUGACCAAGGAGAUUGAGGCUCUCAUGGUACAACAGAACGAGAGUUUCAGCUACUCAUGCUAUUCAGACAACUAUAUUAUGGAUUCUUGGUCCUACGUGGACAGCAGUGACCUCAACAAGACUAAACCCAGGCUGUCAUCAGAUGAUGACUUUGCCCUCAACCUCCUCUAUGACACCUGCAAGACCCAAAAAGAGCAGAAGAUGACAUCACGUGCCCGUGAAAGCAGCAUGUACAAAACCAUGGAGAGGACACCAAACGUUUCUCCUCCUGAACUAGCAACACUAGAGAAUGUUCACAUAAUGAAGCUGCUUUCUGAGAAUAUUUCCCUCAGUCAGUCAAAGCAACCGUUGCCAGGCACUGACAGCUACACAGGGGAUGGCUACGAUAAGCAAGUCAUCAACAACAUCUUCGACUCUCUCCUAUUUACAGCAUCACAGAAGUCAUGGCAGCCUGACCAAACCUAUUCAGAGGCUAACCCAGAGCCUCUUGCCUACAGCAGUACCUUUGAGGGACAGGCAAGCCCUGUAUACUCAGAUUCCUAUUCCAACUCUCCUCCUGAAAGAUACAGGAAUGACUUCCAGUUUGUUCUUGGUGCCCCACAAGCUUCCCAGCACAAGACUACAGAAAUACCCAUGGUGUACCUCAAUAAGGGGCAGUUCUACCCAAUCACCUUGCAGGGAGUGGACAGUAUUGCUGGAGUGUCAUGCAGCAAAGUAAAAACGGUGAUCAUGGCUGUGUUUGAGAAUGACAAGAGUCCUGAGAUGCAGCUAAAGUACUGGAACCACUGGCACGCUCGACAGCCUACAGUUAAACAGAGAGUCAUUGAUAUUGCUGACUACAAGGAAGUCUUCAGUGGAUUAAGUAACGUGGAGGAGGUUGCUUUUAAUGCACUGUCCUUUAACUGGAACACCAAUGAAGAGGCUAAGGUGCACAUUGGCAUCAAUUCUCUGAGCACUGACUUCUCCUCACAGAAGGGGGUCAAAGGUCUUCCUCUGAACCUUCAGAUAGACACGUAUGAUUUCAGCACAGGGAGCAAUCGUCUCAUUCACAGAGCAGUGUGUCAGGUCAAGAUCUUCUGUGAUAAGGGGGCAGAGAGGAAGAUGAGAGAUGAGGAGCGAAAGAGAUCCAAGAGGAGGACCAAGAAUUUGUCAGACUCCAGCAACAAUGGUCAUAAACAGGCCUUAGUCUCCAGCUCUGUUGGAAAGGACUGCACCUACUUUAAAUCUCUAGAUGAUCACGUCACACAACCUGUCUUAUUUAUCCCAGAAAUGCACUUCAGUACCAUGCAGCGCUGUGGCCUGGUGCCCCCUGUCAGCUUGGAGGAAAGUGACCGGACAUCACUGAAACGUAUUAACUGCUACACAGAAAGUGGCGACCAAAGCAGCUCCCCGCCAAGCAAACAAGCUCGCCGAGAUGAGCAACAAAGAGUUCUACUGUACGUAAGGCGAGAGACUGAGGAAGUGUUCGAUGCGCUCAUGUUAAACACACCAAACCUCAAGGGCCUCAGAGAAGCGAUUUCAGAAAAGUAUGGUAUGCAAGAAGACACUAUUGGGAAAAUCUUCAAGAAAUGCAAACGAGGGAUAUUUGUGAACAUGGAUGACAACAUCAUCGAGCAUUACAGCAAUCACUCUGCCUUCCUCAUUGAAAUCUCCGAAGUCAUGGUCAACCACUUCCAGAUCACACUCAUGGAGUUAUAAAUGACAUUAUCAACCAGUGACACGACACCUGGUCCUGCUGGCAGCUUCUGUCUGCCCCUCAAAUUACAAUAUACCACAAUCUCAGAGCCAGACUCUGCAGUGCCAGAGCCAUUGCCAUGGAAACAAGAGAACUCGCCUAUCCUGCCAGUUCUGACAUUUUCAGUUUGAACAGAUACCAAUUCGCCUGUAUAAAUACCAUUUACCUCUUUUAUACUUUUUUAUUAUUUUAUAACAUGAGCAAUUAUGAUCAAAAGGUAAAAUUCCUUGUAAAUAAUAAAUGUAAAUAGACAUAAAUAUCAUAAUGUUGUGUGUUGAAUUGAUUCUAAAAUGAGUUAUAUGUUAUUAUUUCAAUUACAAACUUGCCUUUUUUGACGCUGCCUCUUUGCUGCUUAUGAUAGGCCCAUAAUUUCUAAAACAGGAUGUGAGGUGGUUUUAUCGCUUAAUGCUCCAAUGGUGGUUUGCAUGUUUUGUUUUUGUUUUUUUAUCUUGCCGCAUGAUAAUUCACUACACUUCCAGUCAGUCUAUCAGCCUUUUAGUUUCACAUCUGAAAUACUCCACACACCCAAGAGUGUUUCAGACUUGUAAGUCACACAUUUCCACCAUUAUAGAGCCGCAUAUUUUUCAGUGUUUCACUCACCAAGACUUUAAUGGCCAGAUGUUGAAAACUGGCUCCACGCAUUUCGAAUCUGUGUGGCUGUAAGGGUUGCUAGGACAACAGACCCUUUUGUCCACCAACAUUUAGAGAAGAAAGUUCGGACGAACCACUGCAAUGUCGAACUUGCCCAAACAUCAGAUUCAUUUACGGGGACUUUUCAGUUUGUGGAUUUUGCUUCACAAAACUUGUACAUUUCAAAUGCUUUGUAUUGCUGUCAUACAAUAUUAAUAUACUAAAGCUGUGUUUUCCAUUUUUACUGCCUCUGCUUUUAUAAGGAAAAUAAAAUUAAAAAUAUA